AUGACCAGAGGAAGUUCGAUUGGCAUGCAGAGUUCCAUAAAUAUGCACGGCUUAUCGAUUCGAGUUUCCGGAGAUGACGAUCCAGAAGCUAUCUCAGCCAGCCUUGGCGAAAUUCCUGGGGUCUUAUCAGUGAGUCCUGUUUAUGAGAUGUUCCUGUCGAAUCCGGGCAUUCAAGAAAACUGGUCAACUGUGGGAAACCCUGUUCGAUCCUAUGAAGAUCCCCCCGCAAUGCCUAUGGUAUCACCAAAGCCCGAUGGGAAUCUCGCCUCAACCCUUGAAAUGGCUGGCGUUGAUAAACUCCAUGGGCUCGGAAUCAAGGGUAAGGGUGUGAAAGUAGGUAUUAUUGAUACCGGUGUUGAUUACCGUCAUCCGGCGUUGGGUGGCGGUGUUGGUCCUGGUUUCAAAAUUGCUGGAGGUUGGUCUUGGUUGGCCGACAAUGGAACCGCAGUCGAAAGUGAUAACUUCCUCACCGCAUGCUAUAGCGGUGGUCAUGGAACGCAUGUUGCAGGAAUCGUUGGCAUGAAUCCACUUUCAGAUGGAAACAGGACGCUCAACAUAUCUGGUGUUGCCCCAGAAGCAACACUGUAUAUUUACAGGGUCUUUGACUGUUCUACUAAUGGCGAAACUACAGACCGCGUUAUGGCUGCUAUGCUUCGAGCACAGGCAGAUGGCGUAGAUGCCAUAAGCAUGUCACUUAGUAUACAAGAGUCGUGGCAAAAUCGAGACGAUCCGUUGAUGAAAGUUGCGUCACGUCUCGUAGAUGCAGGUAUCGCUGUUAUUGUUGCACAAGGAAAUUUUGGAUCCAGCAGCAAGUAUGAUCCUCAGCUGUAUCGCACCGCGACGCCUGCUGAGCUCCCAGCUGUGAUAUCGGUUGGCUCUGUUGCGAGCCAGAAUUUCCCUCUAGCUUAUACACUUACAGACUCCCAAGGUGUUAGAAUUCAAUAUGCAUCUUUAUGGCCUAUUGAAUUUCCAGAUGGGCUAGAGAUCUACCUACUCGAUAAUGGUUGCUCUAGCUCUAGCUCAUGGGACGAGGUCAUCUCAUCAUUAGAAAAUCAAGGAAAGCUGAACUCGACUAUCAUUGCUUUUCCGGUAACCGAUAGUUGCCGCUAUACUGGCGCAGUAGGGUGUUGCUCGAAACCUAGUAGUCUACGUUACAUAAUGGGAUUUCAUACAAAUACAUCGAACCCCUAUAACGUGGACUAUGAAAUGGCAUCCACAGGUUUCUUUGGCGACGGUUCUGUACAGUACAUAGCUAUCAAUGCAUUUGAUAGCGCGACUAUCCUUACGAAUAUGAAUAUCACUGGAUCGGGCCAGUACAAGCUAUAUUUUAACGACUCCUCAUACUCAACCCCUCCGCGGUUAGUCGGUGGCAAGAUGGACUCUUAUUCAAGCUUUGGACCUAGUUACCUAACCUAUGAUUUGAAACCUCAGAUCUCAGCACCCGGUGGUCAAAUACUUUCUACCUGGCCAUUAGGAGAUCAAGGCUACUAUACCAUUCUUUCAGGUACCUCAAUGGCAACCCCGUUCAUAAGUGGGUGCUAUGCCCUGGUCAAGUCCCAGUUCCCUGAAUUGUCCGUUCGGGAAAUUCUAUCCCUUUUACAAUCAACAUCGAGUCCAACUCCUUGGGUUUGGAAUGAUACUAUGAUCGCUGGGACGUUUCAACAGGGAGCGGGGUUAGUGAAUGUGUAUAAGGCAAUAACAUACCAAAGCCGCGUCUCCCCAGGUCAACUUCUCGUGGGCGACAACUCUCGGACUGAAUACGGAACGGUAAAUAUUACCAUCGAGAAUCGUUCCAACGUUUCGAAGAUAUACACAUUAUCACAUCAAGGCGCUUCCUACUCAGAGCCAAACCCACCUAAUAACCCUAUUUUUUCACAAGAGAAUCAACUCCCAAUCUACGGAUCCGCGGAGUUUGAGGCACCAACGGUAGAAGUCGCGGCGAAUGACUCAACAAUCGUUUCAUUCAAAAUCCGGCCUCCAACAUCGGAUGUAAAACCUGAACGGCAGCCCGUCUUCGGUGGCUUCAUAAAAAUGACUAGCGAAGACGAAGAGUUCAGUAUACCAUACUCAGGGUCUCCCUUUUCCCUUUUCAACGCUGCUUACUUUCACAUCGUGAACACAUCCGAUAAUGUGCAGCCAUCGCUUUCUUACAAGUUUGAUGAGGGUUGGGUGAUCAACAGGGGUCUAUUCGAAGUCAACUCGUCGUUAUCGUAUCGCUCGCUCAUCGGCCGUAGCCAGUUCACUCGCGGAUACCGCAUAGAUUUGGUACCGGCGAACAUCAGCAUUAUACCUGACCUGUAUGGCUUUGACCCGGCUGAGAAGCACGAAUAUCGACCCUCAACCACGGUUCCACCGACAACGAUCUACGGGCUUCCAUCUUACGGAACCCUUGUUAAUUCAACGGAGCUUCUGUCACCGUCGACGUAUAACUGGCCCUUAGGGACGGGGGUUACUGCAACCUUGCCGAAUGGGACUAAGUAUUCUCCUAGUCUGGGGGAUUAUCGCUGGCUCGCGAGUGUCCUCAGAUGGGGCGGUGAUCCGGAACUCCUGGAUGAUCAUGAGACUUGGCUAUCUGGCGUCAUUAGACUUGUUGAUGGGCCAGUUGGCGGACCAGCGAGUAGUUCGAAGGAUGAUUAGGUAAUAGGGGUAACGGAGUAAGCUUAUGUAAUCGUGAAUAUUAGGU